UACGCGGUUGGCGGCGGACGGGCGGCCAGUGGCGCGGCCCCUUCAGGCUCCUGAGUUCCUCGGCUCCCGCAACAACAAAGUUGGGAGGCUGUAGUAUCUGGUCCCGGUCCUGAGCAGGUGGUGUGGUUUUAACUGGCAAGACAGCCAAGUCCAAACUUUUGUGUUUUUUGAGCACCUCCACAGAGUGCCACGGCCUUUCUGGGGUUGCGGUGGGGGAGCCCUGUCCCUCACCCCCAAACACACACACACACACGCGCAGGACGGUGGGCUGUGCCUGCUCCGGUUCCCGACACCCGGCCCUCGGGGGGUAACCCUGGGUGGACGGCGUGGGAGGCCGGCGGCGCGCGGAGCGAGGCGGUGACUGACCUCCCUCACCGGAGGGCGGGGACCGUGCGAGCUGUCAGGCGGCCCAGCAAACGCGGUGCAGGCUGCAGCGUGGACCACCACGUCCACUCCCGCACCUGAAAGGCAAACACGUGACAGCCCAGGAACGCUUCGGCUGCGACCUUCCCUAGCCAAAACUCCACCCUGCCGAAGACGGCGACUGGGAGCCUGGCGUCCAAACUUCAGGGACACCAGCACCGACUGAUGAUACCUUUUGGUUCAUUGCAUCCAUGAAGACUUCUGGGGAAAAUGAGAAUGCAUUGUCGUGUUUCCCACAUUUGUGUAAAUCACCGGGGUCAGCACAUCUGGAAUGCAAUGGAUAAGCCUCACCUUGAAAAAACCACCUUCAUGGUCAUUGUAUUUCCCCUGCCAUGCUCUGGGAAGCUUUCCACUGUGGAAAGGGCAGCAGGCUUCCAAUGUACUCCUAGACCUCAAUAUUGACCUGGAUAGCAAUGCCUUGGGUUGGAUCCGUGGAGGAAUCACCGAGAACUUUAAUACCUGAGCCUGGAUGCACCCCAGGCUAAUUUAAUGGACAUCUUUGGCAGAUUUUGGGAAGCUCCAGGUGAAGUAGGUUCUGGAGCCAGGAGUCCUAAACAGUGACCCUGCCCCUAAGACAAGGUAUUGCCCAGCGAUGCACAGCUAUCAAGUACCACUUUUCACAGCCAAUCCGCUUACGAAAUAUUCCUUUCAAUUUAACCAAGACAAUACAGCAAGACGAAUGGCACCUGCUUCAUUUGAGAAGAAUCACUGCUGGCUUCCUGGGCAUGGCUGUCGCCGUCCUUCUGUGUGGCUGCAUUGUGGCCACAGUCAGUUUCUUCUGGGAGGAAAGCCUGACCCAGCAUGUGGCUGGACUCCUGUUCCUCAUGACAGGGAUAUUUUGCACCAUUUCCCUCUGCACGUAUGCUGCCAGUAUCUCCUAUGAUUUGAACCGGCUCCCGAAGCUAAUUUAUAGCCUGCCUGAUGAUGUGGAACAUGGCUACAGCUGGUCUAUCUUUUGCGCCUGGUGCAGUUUAGGCUUCAUUGUGGCAGCUGGAGGUCUCUGCAUCGCUUAUCCCUUUAUCAGCAGGACCAAGAUUGCACAUCUCAAGUCUGGCCGGGACUCCACGGUAUGACUGUCUGCACUCAAGGCCUGACCACGGUGUGGGGAACUCCUGAAGGGAGCGGAGUAGAGCUCAUGUCAGGAUUCCAAGCACAAAGGGGUCUUUUACAUUCCCACCUGUUGCCUGCCAGCCCUUUCUGGAUGACUGAAAUAAAAUCUUGCAAAACCUCCCAACCUUUCUAAGGACAAGACUACUGUGGAUUCAAGUGCUUUAAUGACUAUUUAUGCUUUGACUGUGAGAAAUUGGGAGCAGUGCCAUGGAACAUUGCUAAGUGAAGGAAAAAAAGAAAGUGCAAUGGAAAGAUUUGUAUGAUUUCCAUUUAUUUCAGAGAGUUUGUAUAUAACAGUUACCUGAGAGUCAUUUCUAUUUGCAAAAGGAUUCAUAACAAAGAGAGUAUAAUUUUCUUGUCAUUGUACCAUGCUUGUUCAGUUUUAAUGCAGCAUCUUCAGAACUUGUCCUAAAAUGGGGUCUUGUUAUGUCAGCAUCUAAUAUUUGUGCAUUCUUUGUGGAUGUUCCCUGUCACAGGAAGAGUCUUCUUCUGUUGCCUUAUUAUUUUUUUUAAUUGAAAUCUCUCCUCUGUUUUUGUACUGGAAUCAAAAUCAUAAGAAAAACAGAUCAUCCAUGCAAGAGCUAACCCGUGACACUAUGCAGUAUUGUUUGAAGUCCUAUCUGUUCUUCAACUUCUGUCUCUUUGUGUCAACUGGAUUUCUGCAUUAAAUGACUGCC